AUGCUAACUCUUAAAGAAAAUUUAUUUUAUCAAAGACCACACUCUCAUUUUACUAGGCCAAAUUGUGGGAGUACAGCCUGUGUAGCUUUGAUCAGAAAUAAGCAACUCUUUGUGGCAAAUGCUGGUGACUCCCGCUGUGUCAUCUCAAGGAAUGGUCAGGCAUAUAAUUUGUCUAGAGACCAUAAACCAGAGCUCGAGGCAGAGAGAGAGAGGAUACAGAGUGCAGGUAGUUUCAUUCUAAUGGGGCAUGUAAAUGGAAAUCUAAACUUGUCAAGAGCUAUCGGAGACAUGAAGUUCAAACAAAAUAAGUUCUUGCCCCCCGAUAAGCAAAUCCUGACUGCGAACCCCGACAUAAACAUUGUCGAGCUAUGUGAUGACGACGAAUUCAUUGUUUUGGCAUGCGAUGGCAUAUGGGACUGCAUGUCAAGCCAGCAGUUGGUCGAUUUCAUCCGCGAGCAUAUAGACACAGUAAGUACCAAGCAAUUUAACAUUAUUUGCCCUUUUGAAAAUUGUAAGCACCAUCUUCGGAUCGCCUUUGGGCUUUCUUUGGCAAUUGCUCAUGCUGAUGUUGUCCUGGCCAUAUGCUUUCUAGAAACUGAAUGA